AUGUUAUCCUUGUCACUCAAGUUUAACCUUGCUACUUUGCAAUCACUAUCAGCAAGCGCUUUCUGCUCUCACGCUGCCCCUCACGUCCACGAUCAAAAUCGUGAUGACAAACACGACGGUAGUGGUAUACGCAACCUAUAUGAAGUUCUUGACGCUGUGAAUGCUAUGCCACCAACUGAAUCCGAGGUGAAGAUCAUGAUGAAUCUCAUGAGAGCCAAGCACGAUGUUUACUGGGCCCAAAAAAUACUCGCAGAUUGUGUAGUGCAGGAAAACGAGGCAUUCACAAGCCUGCUGAAAUUCCGAGUGGAAGCUGCUGAGAAGAGGCUAGAUGAUACAGACCUUGGGCUGGGAUGUAUGAGGAUCGUUUUCAACACACAUGGUUGGUCUGUCCCUUCUAGUCAUCUUCCUCAGGGACAGGGUGGAUCACAUUCAUGUGGUACGACAUUGGAUGUCUCACAUGGAUGGUGUCCCAUGGUUCAGCUUGAUUGA